UUUGCAGCGCGCUGCUCGUCGGCUCGUGGGCAAGCGUCGCUUCUGCCGGGGCGACGCCCUCCCUGCGGCUCCAGGGCGUCGCUGACAUCCGCGCGCUGCGCGGCGGCAUUGCCAUGGAGAGCCCCGCGCCCGUCGGCCCCGUAUUCAAGAGUACGAGGCGGUCGGAGACAUGGGAGGAGCGAGCCUUUAAAGCGACGGCCGCGGGUGGCGGGUUGCGCCUGCACCGCGGUUGA